AUGGUGCUUCAGCCUAGAUCUAAGGAGCUCAGGAAGAGAACCGGCAUAGCAGUAGAGCUGGUCGCUGACCAUCCCAUUUUGUUCCUGGAUGAACCCACCUCCGGCUUGGACUUGAGUAUGGAGAAUGAUAUCAUCUCAGUCCUGAGAAGGAUAUCGAAGAAGGGACGGACAAUCAUCUUCUCCAUCAGGCAACCUGUGUACUUCCUCUUCAAAUUGUUCGACAGCCUCACCUUAGUGGCCUCAGGAAAAGUCAUGUUUCACGGGCCAGCAAAGAGUGCUUUGGAGUACUUCAAAUCCCAAGGUUACACAGAUGGUUCCCACUACAUCCCUGUAGACUUCUCCCUGGACUUAAUUAUUAGAGGUGCCAUAAUCGACACAAAGGAAGACAGCCAUGAAGCUGAUGAACUUGAAGUGUUUUUAGAGGCAGAAAAAAAUCCAGUCAUACAAGAAUUAGCCAGAAUAUAUAUCGAGUCCACCUUCUACAGUAAAACAAGAAUGGAACUGGAUAGAGUCCUGGGGGAGCAGCAGGUGCAGAUGAGCUCAGACUUGGAAGUCUCCUGUGUCACUCCCUUCUGGCAUCAGCUCCGGUGGAUUAUACGUCAUUCUUGUCAUUCUUUAAAAAAUGCAAAAGGUUUUCUAAGGGUCACUAUGACUAAGGCCCUUAUCGCCAUCUUUCUGGCAGCAGCUGUAGGAAUCACUUUCCGGAUUCUAAAAAAUUAUUGUAUUGAAGUCGAGGCUAGAGCCGGCCUGCUUUUCCUGCUAACAGGUUUCCAGUGCAUCACCGGCAUAUGUGCAGGGAAGCUCUUUGUGACUGACAGGGAUCGCUUUCUACACGAGCACACCAGUGGGUACUACGGAGUGCUGCCGUACUUCCUUGGGAAGCUGCUGGUGGAGUUGGGACCCAGGUGGUUAUUUCCAACUAUUCUCUUUCCUCUCAUAACUGGAGCAAUAGCAAGUGUGAAGGGCUUCUUCACCAUGAUGCUCACCAUGAUGCUGCUGACUUAUUCUGCCAGCUCCCUGUCACUGUCUGUACACACAGGGGAGAAUGCUGUGGUUGUGUCAACACUGCUGGUGACCAUCUACUUUGUGUUCAUGCUGGUUUUAUCGGGUCUGUCCCUAGAUUUUGGAAGCUUAUCGCCUGAACUCUCAUGGAUUCAGUACUUUAACAUCCCUCACUAUGGAUUCCAGGCUUUGUUGCACAAUGAGUUCUUGGGACAAACCUUCUGUCUAGAAGCCAAUGAAGAAGAACUCAGCAGAUGUCAGAACUACGUAAUAUGUUCUGGUGAAGAGUUCUUGACAUUCCAGGGCAUUGAGCUCUCAUCAUGGGGGUUCUGGAAGAAUCAUGUGGCCUUAGCUUCUAUAAUGAGUAUCCUCUUCACAUGUGCUUAUGUGCAACUACACCACAGGAAACUGGAAGUUCUCAGGUCCUGGGUGAGAAAGUUUCUACAGUUCUUUAAAUAGAUGUGGUUCCAAACUGUCUUCUGAAUGUUUGUAAUUAUACUCAUGGACAACUGCUACAGCCAGCAUUACCCAGAGAAGAUUCCAUCAUUGUGAACAGUGGUGAAUGCAGAGACCCAUGGCUGCUCACAGUACCACGACUAAGUGAUACUUAAGGGCUUAGCCCCAAACAGGACACCUACAGCACCCCUCCAAAGCUUAGGACAUUGGAGAAAGUGUGCAAGAG